CCGUAGUGUAAAAGAUUACAGUUAAAAAGAAACAACAACAAAAUAAAUAAAUGCGAGGAUGAUUUUCCAGAUUUGUAGGCUUGUCCUAUAAAUUUUUGAAAAAGGGAGAUUUUUCAUUCCAGUGUGCGGUGUGCCUCUUGCGGCUCUCUCAAGAUUUUCCUGGAAACUAAAUACUAGGUGCUCCUACGUCCACUUGCUUUUCUCCUCUCUAUAUAUCUUUCAAUCAACACUUUCUUCUCACAGUUUUGUUCAAUCCUCACAUCUCUAACAACCCAUACAAUGGAAUCCAUUCACAUCUGUAUCUCAGCUGUUCUUUCUUGGAUCCCCUUACUCUCUUCACCCACUAUAAACAAAUCCACCCAGCUCCCAAAUUGAUGCACAGAAUCUUUCUAUUCUUCUAUUCCUGUAAAUCCCCUUUGAGUUGGAAGUGAAAAGAGAAAGAAAGUAGAUUUUUUUUUUCCUUUUUCUCAGUCAUGGAAGAGAGGCAUGUUCUAUUUGACAAGUACGAGAUGGGCAGGCUGUUGGGGAAGGGGACUUUUGCUAAGGUCUACUAUGGAAAGAACAUGGCAACCGGAGAAAGCGUAGCUAUCAAAGUAAUUAGUAAAGAUCAAGUGAAAAAGGAAGGGAUGAUGGAGCAAAUCAAGAGAGAAAUCUCUGUUAUGCGACUUGUUCGACACCCAAAUAUAGUUGAGCUCAAGGAAGUCUUGGCUACAAAAACCAAGAUCUUCUUUAUUAUGGAAUACGUCCGCGGCGGCGAGCUCUUCGCUAAGGUCGCUAGAGGGAAGCUCAAAGAAGAUGUUGCUCGCAAGUACUUUCAACAGUUGAUUAGCGCAGUCGAUUUCUGUCAUAGCAGAGGCGUUUCUCACCGAGAUUUGAAGCCAGAGAAUCUGUUAUUAGAUGAAAAUGGAGAUCUCAAAAUCUCUGAUUUUGGGCUGUCAGCCUUGCCGGAACAAUUACUCAACGAUGGCCUCCUACACACGCAGUGUGGGACUCCGUCAUAUGUGGCGCCGGAGGUUCUGAGGAAGAAGGGAUACGAUGGAUUCAAAGCCGAUAUAUGGUCAUGUGGGGUAAUCCUUUAUGUUCUCCUUGCUGGGUUUUUGCCAUUUCAAGAUGAGAAUAUGAUGAAGAUGUAUAGAAAGAUCUUCAAAGCAGAAUUUGAAUGUCCGCCAUGGUUUUCCAGUGAAGCUAAGCGUUUGAUUUCCAGAAUACUGGUUGCUGAUCCAGAAAGAAGAAUCACAAUACCAGCCAUAAUGCGAGUUCCCUGGUUUCGCAAGGGAUUUACAAGACCACUAGCUUUUUCCGUCGGAGAAAUAUCAAACCCAGAUAAAAGAGAGGAGGAAGAUGAACCUUUAUCAACAGUGAUGACUAAAGUUUCUUCCCCAAAAUUUUUCAACGCUUUUGAGUUUAUUUCUUCAAUGUCUUCUGGGUUUGAUUUGUCGAAUCUAUUCGAAAAUAAGAAGAAAACAGGGUCUAUGUUCACCUCCAAAUUCUCGGCGAGUGCCAUCAUGAACAAAAUUGAAGGAAUUGCAAAAGGGUUAAAUUUUAAGGUAUCCAAGGUCAAAGAUUUCAAAAUGAAAUUGCAAGGCCUGUCGGAGGGGAGGAAAGGGAGGCUGUCCGUCACAGCCGAGGUGUUCGAGGUAGCUCCGGAGGUCGCAGUCGUGGAAUUCUCCAAGUCCGCCGGCGAUACUUUGGAGUAUGCGAAGUUUUGUGAACAAGAUGUUAGGCCUGCAUUGAAAGACAUUGUCUGGACAUGGCAAGGCGACACCGUUUGCAACAGCAACAGCGCUGGCGGUGGAGAAUCUGAAAAUCAAACGAUAUUAUAGAAGGGCUACUAAUCUUUAUUAUAAUUAAAAUUAGGGUUUUUGUUUUUCUUUUUUGGCUUGACCUUUUCCUUGUGGCCCAUGGAGUGGAUAUAGGUUUUCGGUUUUUGAUUUGUAAUCUGUAAAUAAGCUGUGAUUAGCAAGUUAAUGCAGAGAUUUGGAUACAAAGAAAA